GGGCUCAAACAUGGCUGCGCUGGGAGCUGUGUUUCUUUGGGCGCCGGUAACAGGAGGCACUCCACGAAUGAGAACAUUGAAAAUGUGUUUGGCGUAACUCAUCCCUUAAUCUCCCUGCACUCUGUGCUGGGAAAAAUGAGUCAUCCCUUUGGAAAAGAGGAAGCUGCUUGCCAGAAACAGCUUUUUGGAUUUUUCUGUGAGUGCCUGCGGAGAGGAGACUGGGAGCUGGCACGGGCAUGCGUACCUCAACUGCACGAGGGACAAGGGGAUGUCGCCAAGAGGGUAGAAGACAUACUUCAGGCGCUGGUGGUGUGUCCAAAUCUGCUGAGGUGUGGCCAAGACAUUAACCCUCAAAGAUUAGCAUGGUUCUGGCUUCUUGUAUUGGAAAAAUGGUUGGCCCAGGAAAAGAAGUUACUCCCAGCUUUUAUCCGAAGAAAGCUUGAGUUUCUUUUACUGUCUGAAGACCUCCAAGGUGACAUUCCAGAGAACAUCCUCAAGGAGCUGUAUGAGACCUUAGCACAAGGUGCCGUGGGCCCUGGCCCUGAUGGAAAGCAGAGGUGGGCGAGCCAGACGCCUCGGCUCAGCUGCGAAGCUGUCUCUGUGCUCUGGGACCUUCUGAGGCAGGCUCCCCAGCCAGCGCAGGCCCUGCUGGAGCUCCUGCUGGGAGAGGCGGACGGCACUGGCCUCUGGCACUGGCCUCUGCAGAAGGCACUGGUGGACCUCAUUCGCAAGGCACUACGGACUUUGCGAGGCCCUGACUCCGGGCCUCCUGGUGUGGUGGAUGCCAUCUAUGGAGCACUGCGGACUCUGCGCUGCCCUGCAGAGCCACCCGGGGCUGAGUUGCGUCUCCUGUGCGAGGAGCUACUGGAGGCCUGCAGGACCGAGGGGAGUCCCCUGCGGGAGGAGCAGCUGCUCAGCUGCCUGCUGCACAAGGCUGGUCGGGGCCUGGUGUCCCUGUACGGCCAUACGUAUGCGGAGAAGGUCACAGAGAAGCCACUGAGGACCACAGCCUCGGGAAAAGUCUCCCCAGAUCAUGCAGAUCCCGAGCGGGUGAUGUUAGCCCUGUUCUCCGACCCUGACCCAGCGCAGGCUUGGAAAGUGACCUUUUUCUACUGCCUGAGCAACAGCAAGCACUUCCUCGAGCAGAUCCUGGUAACAGCACUAACACUACUGAAAGAGGAGGACUUCCCAAGUCUUGGCUGCCUGUUGGAUAGAGAAUUCAGGCCUCUGCGUCACCUGCUUGUGCUCCUGGGCUGGACGCACUGCCAGAGCCUGGAGUCAGCCAGGAAGCUGCUGCAGACACUCCAUGGGACCCAGGAGCAGGGCUGUGAUGAGCUCCUCAGGGAUGCCUGUGAUGGACUGAGUGCUCACCUGGAGGUCCUGGACUGGUGUGUACAGCAGAGCAGCAGCCCCAUACCAAAGAGAGAGCUCUUGUGUCAUUUGCAUGCUGGAGACAGCCACUCAGUGCUCUACUCUCUCCAUCACCUUACAAACCUUCCAGCCCUCAGGGAGGAGGAGGUUCUCAAACUCUUACAGAAGGUGCCAGCCAAGGACCUCCAGCAGGAGCCUGACUCAGUUGAUGCUCCACUUCCUGAGCACCAGAGCCGGUGUCAGAACCUGACACUCUACCAGGGCUUUUGUGCCAUGAAGUAUGCCAUCUAUGCCCUUUGUGUGAACUCACACCAGCACUCCUCAUGCCAGGACUGCAAAGAUGGCCCCUCUGAGGACCUGGCUUCAGCCACGGAGCCAGCGAAUGACACCGUCUCUCCCCCAGGUGCCUCAAACCUGUUCUCAACGUACCUGGCCAGGUGUCAACAGUACCUGCGCAGUGUUCCUGACGUUCUGUGCCUGGAACUUCUAGAAAACAUAUUCUCGUUGCUGCUCAUCACCUCUGCUGAUCUCCACCCAGAGCCUCACUUGCCUGAAGACUAUGCUGAGGAUGAUGAUGUAGAGGGGAAGGGCCCAUUGGACUUGAGGUCCCCAUCAGAGAGCCCCCAGCACACAGAACAGCCCGAGAGGAAGUCGGAACGAGGUUCCCUGGGAGGCCCCAGGAGCCUUGCUUGCACGACACCAAGCUGUCUGAAGGCAGAGCCAAAAGACAGUCACCCAGGGCCUCAGAGCCACAGCUUCCUGGACCUAAAGCACUUUACCAGUGGGCUCAGUGGGUUCUUAGCGGAUGAAUUUGCAAUAGGGGCCUUCCUCGGGCUUCUCCAGGAACAGCUGGAUGAGAUCUGCAGUCACGGGCCCCCUGAGAAGCCAAAGAUGCCAGAAGGCCAGAGCUGCUCUGGAAACAGAGACGGACUGCAGAGCCGCCUGCACCGCUUCUCCAAGGUUCUCUCCGAGGCCCAGUGGAGAUACAAGGUGGUAACAAGCAACCUGGGCUCAGAGGAGCAACCUUCUCGAAGAUACCGGCCCAUUACCAUGCGGCACCCGAGUCUCCGCCGGGGUCGUCGGACGAGGAGGAACCGGACAGAUGGCCGAGACAGAAGUUCCAACCCAUCCCUGGAAAGUACAAGCAGUGAGCUGAGCACCAGUACUUCAGAGGGAAGUCUGAGUGCCGUGAGUGGGCGGAAUGAGCUGGAUGGCCGGCUGCAGCCCCAACCUCAAAGUUCACUCCUCCCCAUGAUGUUCUCCCCGCCGGAGUCCCUGCUCGCCUCCUGCAUCCUUCGCGGGAACUUUGCAGAAGCCCAUCAGGUGGUGUUCAUGUUCAACCUGAAGUCCUCGCCCAGCUCAGGGGAACUGAUGUUCAUGGAGCGCUACCAGGAGGUGAUCCAGGAGCUGGCCCGGGUAGAACACAAGAUUGAAAACCACAGCUCAGAUGGGGGUGGCAGCACCAUUCGGAGAACUGGCAGUGGCCGCUCAACUCUGCAGGCCAUUGGCAGCGCAGCAGCCGCAGGGAUGGUAUUUUACUCCAUCUCUGAUGUGACCGACAAGCUGCUCAGCACCUCGGGAGACCCCAUCCCCACGCUCCAAGAGGACUUUUGGGUGAGCACCACUCUGUUGGAGCCCAGUGCUCCCCUGAGAGAGGUGCUGGAGGAUCUCAGCCCCCGCGCCAUGGCUGCCUUUGACCUGGCUUGCUGUCAAUGCCAGCUCUGGAAAACCUGCAAGCAGCUCUUGGAAACAGCCGAGCGGCGCCUGAACAGCAGCCUCGAGAGCCGGGGCCGACGGCCAGACCACGUUCUCCACGUGGAUGGCAUUCGAGGUUUUCCACUCGUCCUUCAGCACAUCAGUAAGAUUCUCAACUACCCAAUUCUGUCAGCUGGACAAGCUAAGUCAGAGAACCCAGAGGAAAAGGGAGGAGGCCCUCUGCGGCACAGCGUCGUGGAGCUGCUUCAGAUGUGCUGGCCCAGCCUCACCGAGGACUGUGUUGCCAACCACACCACCAUGUCCCAGCAGCUGGAUCAGGGCCUACAGUCACUGCGAGAGGCACUAGAGCUGCCAGAGCCCAGAGGUACUCCACUCUCUUCCCUGGUGGAGCAGGCAGCCCAAAAAGCUUCUGAAGCCGAAGCCCACCCUGUGCAUGUCCAGACUCAACUCCUCCAGAAAAACCUGAGCAAACAGACCCAAGCGGGCAGCACACAGACUGACUACGUGGGCACCUUCUUCAGUUACUGCAGCACCCUGGCUGCCAUUCUCCUGCGGAGUUUGAGCUCUGAGCCUGGUCACGUGGAGGUCAGGGUAGGAAAUCCCUUUGUUCUCCUGCAACAGAGCUCCUCCCAGUUGGUGUCACAUCUCCUGCUCCAAAGACAAGUUCCCCCAAACAGGCUGGCUGCCCUUCUGGCCGGAGAAGGUCUCGGCCUAAGUGUGCCGCAGGUCAUCCUCAGCUGCUGCUGCGAGCCCCUCGCUCUUUGCUCUUCCCAGCAAAGCCAGCAGAUGUCAUCCCUCCUGGCCCACCUGGGCGCCCUGGCCCAGCAGCACAUGUCCCGUUGCCUGGGUGAUCUCCCGCUACCCACACCAAGCUCCCCGAAGCCAGCCGAGAACCCCCCAUUGGAGAGAAAGCCUCACUCUUCCCCAAAGGAUGCCUCGCCCUCAGCCCUCACCUCCUCCACUUUGGCCUUCCUUAAGUCCCGCUCAAAGCUCCUGGCGACGGUGGCCUGCCUGGGGGCCUCCCGGGGGUUAAAGGUCACCAAGCCCACCUUGUCCUGGAAGGAACUUCGCGGCCGCAGGGAGGUGCCUCUGACCGCAGAGCAGGUCGCCCGAGAGUGCGAGCACCUUCUGGAACAGUUCCCUAUGCUGGAGGCCGCACUCCUGGUCGCCUGGGAGCCCCUACGAGAGUCCUCCGAGCAGGGACAGAGUCUGGCAGCGAGUCUCUGUGGUCGGCCCAGUCUGUCUCCUGUCCUCCUGGGCCUGCAUUCUCCCCUUGCCCUGGAUGUACUCACUGAAGCCUUCGAGGAAGCCCUGGUGGCCAGAGACUGGCCCCGGGCCCUUCGGCUCACGGAAGUGUACGGGCGAGACUCGGACGAUCUGAGCAGCAUCGACGAUGCCGUGCUGAGCUGUGCCGCGGCCUGUGACAACGAAGGUUGGCAUUAUCUGUUUGCUGUGAAGGACGCAGCUCUGAGAAGUCGGCUGGCCCUGCUGUUUGUGGACAGGUGGCCUCUGGACUUCUGCCUGGAGAUCCUGGCCUACUGCAUCUCAGACACAGCUGUCCAAGAGGGACUGAAGUGUGAGCUGCAGAGGAAGCUGGCGGAGCUGCAGGUGUAUCAGAAGAUUCUGGGUUUGCAGACUCCCCCAGCAUGGUGUGACUGGCAGGCCUUGAGGAGCUGCUGUGUGGAGGCCCCAUCCGCUGUCAUGAACACGAUCCUGGAAGCACAGGACUAUGAACUGUGUGAGGAGUGGGGCCGCCUGUACCCCAUUCCAAGAGAACAUUUAAUCAGCCUCCAUCAAAAGCACCUUCUCCACCUUCUAGAACGAAGAGAUCAUGAAAAGGCUCUACAACUUCUGCAGAGAAUCCCUGACCCCACCAUGUGCCUUGAAGUCACAGAGCAGUCCCUCGACCAGCACCCUGGCUUGGCCACUUCCCACUUCUUGGCCAACUACCUCACCACCCACUUCUAUGGACAACUGACUGCCACCCGACACCGUGAAAUCCAGGCGCUGUACAUGGGCUCCAAGGUUCUGCUGACCCUGCCUGAGCAGCACCGGGCCAGCUAUUCCCACUUGUCCUCUAACCCCCUGCUCAUGCUAGAGCAGCUGCUUAUGAACAUGAAAGUGGAUUGGGCCACUGAGGCAGUGCAGACCCUGCACCAGCUGCUCACCGACCAGGACAUCGGCUUCACCAUGGAUGAGGUUGACUCACUGCUUUCCACAUACGCAGGGAAGGCCCUGGACUUCCCAUACUCUCUGAGGGAGAAACGAUCAGAUUCUGUGAUUCACCUCCAGGAAAUUGUCCAUCAGGCUUCAGACCCUGAAACCCUGUCUAGAUCAUCAUCAGCAGAGUUCUCUCCCGCUACUGCUCCUGCUGUCUCCAUUGUGCGUUCCCCGAGUCCGAGGAGCCUUCCACAGAGUCAGCCUCCGCUGGAAUUUGUGCCCCCACCAGUGCCCCCUGCCAGGCACCAGUGGGUACCAGAUGACACUGAGAGCAUCUGCAUGGUCUGCCACAGGGAGCACUUCACCAUGUUUAACAGGCGGCACCACUGUCGCCGCUGUGGCCGGCUCGUGUGCAGCUCCUGCUCCACUAAGAAGAUGGUGGUGGAAGGUUGCAGAGAGAACCCCGCUCGCGUGUGUGACCAGUGCUACAGCUACUUCCACAAAGAUGCACCAGAGGAGAAUCCAGGCCAAUCCGAAGCACCAGACAGCUCCGAGAGUGAAAGCCCACCAUACUCGGCUGUGGUGAGGGUCCCCAAGGCAGCUGAGGUGGAGUGGAUUCUGAAUCUGAGUGAAGAGGAAAACGAGCUGGUGCGGAGUGAAUUUUACUACGAGCAGGCCCCCAGUGCCUCCCUGUGCAUUGCCAUCCUGAACCUGCACCGGGACAGCAUCGCGUGCGGUCACCAGCUGAUUGAGCACUGCUGCAGACUGUCCAAGGGCCUCAGCAACCCAGAGGUGGACGCAGGGCUGCUCACAGACAUCAUGAAGCAGCUGCUCUUCAGCGCCAAGAUGAUGUUCGUCAAGGCCGGCCGGAGCCAGGACUUGGCGCUGUGUGACAGCUACAUCAGCAAGGUUGACGUGCUCAGUAUCUUAGUCACUGCUGCCUAUCGCUACGUGCCGUCUCUGGAGCAGAUCUUGCAGCCGGCUGCCGUAACCAGGCUAAGGAACCAGCUUUUGGAGGCUGAGUACUACCAGCUGGGCGUUGAGGUCUCCACAAAAACGGGGCUUGAUUCCACGGGAGCGUGGCAUGCCUGGGGCAUGGCCUGCCUCAAAGCCGGGAACCUCGCCGCUGCACGGGAGAAGUUCAGUCGCUGUCUGAAGCCCCCUUUUGACCUCAAUCAGCUGAGUCAUGGCUCAAGGCUGGUACAGGAUGUGGUUGAGUACCUGGAGUCCACAGUGAGGCCACUCAUAGCCCUGCAGGAUGACGACUACUUUGCCACCUUGAGGGAGCUGGAGGCCACUCUUCGGACCCAGAGCCUCUCCCUGGAGGUGAUUCCUGAGGGGAAGCUCAUGAACAACACCUACUACCAAGAAUGCCUCUUCUACCUGCACAACUACAGCACCCACCUGGCCAUCAUCAGCUUCUACAUGAGGCACAGCUGCCUGCGAGAAGCCCUGCUGCACCUGCUCAACAAGGAGAGUCCUCCGGAAGUCUUCAUAGAAGGCAUUUUCCAGCCAAGCUAUAAGAGUGGGAAACUGCACACUUUGGAAAACUUGCUGGAAUCCAUCGAUCCGACGCUGGAGAGCUGGGGAAAGUACUUGAUCGCUGCCUGCCAACAUUUGCAGAAGAAGAACUACUAUCACAUUCUGUAUGAGCUGCAGCAGUUUAUGAAGGACCAAGUCCGGGCUGCCAUGACCUGCAUCCGGUUCUUCAGUCACAAAGCAAAGUCCUACACGGAGCUGGGAGAGAAGCUCUCAUGGCUGCUGAAGGCCAAGGACCACCUGAAGAUCUACCUCCAAGAAACAUCCCGCGGCCCUGGGAGGAAGAAAACGACCUUCUUCCGAAAGAAGAUGACGGCAGCUGACGUGUCCAGGCACAUGAAUACACUUCAGCUGCAGAUGGAGGUGACCCGGUUCUUACAUCGGUGCGAAAGUGCAGGGACCUCUGAAGUCACCACUUUGCCUCUGCCAACCCUGUUUGGGAAUAACCACAUGAAGAUGGACGUUGCCUGCAAGGUCAUGCUCGGGGGGAAAAACGUGGAAGAUGGCUUUGGAAUCGCAUUCCGUGUUCUGCAGGACUUCCAGCUGGAUGCUGCCGCCACCUACUGCAGGGCUGCCCGGCAGCUGGUGGAGAAGGAGAAGUACAGCGAGAUCCGGCAGCUGCUCAAGUGUGUCAGCGAGUCAGGCAUGGCGGCCAAGAGUGACGGGGACACCAUCCUCCUCAACUGCCUGGACGCAUUCCGGAGAAUUCCGCCCCAGGAGCUGGAGGGCCUGAUCCAGGCAAUACAUAAUGAUGACAACAAGGUCCAGGCCUACCUGACGUGUUGCAAGCUGCGUUCUGCCUACCUGAUUGCCGUGAAACAAGAACACUCACGGGCCACGACGCUCGUCCAGCAGGUGCAGCAGGCUGCCAAGAGCAGUGGGGACGCGGUCGUGCAGGACAUCUGUGCCCAGUGGCUUCUGACAAGCCACACCCGCGGUGCCCACAGCUCAGGCUCCAGGAAGUGACCGUGAGCCAGCAGGGCCAGCAAAACGUAGCCUGGGAAUUAUGGCCACAAGAGUGGGGGUUGAUGCCCCCCACCGCCAUCCUCCAGCAGACUGGGACUUCUCUGGCUCUGCCCAAGAUGGGAAAGAGCUAGAUUGGGGCCUGCCUGCCGUCUCGGGCAAGGACAGGACCUUUCACGCAAGUGCCAUGUUUCCGUAGCAUUGUGGACUCUGUGUGUCGGGCUGGAGAUGGCUGCUUCCUUCUACCUCAGAGUGAGUGUGUGCACACCCGUGCACACGUGUGUGCAUGCACCUGCACACUCGUGUUUACGCCCAAGCGUCUCUGAACAAAUGAAACCCUGCCCCAUUGAAGAGAGGCACUUUACUUUAGGCUCUGGCCGGUCUGACCCCAGCCCCUGCGUUUUGGUUCUUAACCCGGGUCGUCCUGUUUGUACACAGCCCCCUCCGCGUGGAGACGCUUUAGUGGCUCCUCUUAGCAUAGAGCAACACCACAAAGAUUGCCUCUUGUCCCUUCUUUCACUGGCCUAAGUUCAGACGUGGCUUUGGGGCACGUGCCACCUGUGGAGUAGCGCCAUUUGCCAGCAGUCUCCUCUCACGGGCCCUAGGGGUCAAGCCGAGAGGCUCUGCAAGGUCGGCUGACUGGGAGAGUUUUCAGGGGCUGGCGUCAAAGCCAAGGCUGCGUGUGCACGCGAUCAGGUCUGGGAGGCAGACCCGUGGGCAGGACGAUCCGCAGCACGCUCGUCCAGAGGGGAGCGGAGUGAAAGGUGAGCCUCUCCAGCAGGUGUGCAGCGGCGUGGCGCACAGCACGGAGCUGGCCCUCAGUAGUGGCCCUGCCGUAGAAAGCACAGCUCCCUCUGGGGAGGUGCAGGGAGUGGAAGGGCAGCCAGGGUCCCGGGACUGAAAGGCUAGAUCUUGCCUGCUGGAGCGCCAGCCCUGUUGGUGCCCUUCAGUUCCUUAGGAAACUGUUCCUCGUCUUGUCUUGCCUGCUUCCCUUCAGUCUUUUUUUUUUUUUUUUUUUUUAACCCUGGGAGGAAUACGCAGACGCCCACAGUGGGGCAGUGGGAAGGCACAGCACAUCUUUGUCUGAACCGUAGCAUUCAGGCAUUCGGCUCAGAAUCGGGCUCGUAGGAAGGAGUCAGAGAGGGGCCAAUGACUAGGUCGCAUCCAGCUGGCAAGAAACGAGCAAGGGUGCCCCUGUGAUAUGCAUUGGCUUGUCUCCCUGCCCAGGAUGGGACAGUGUUUGAGAAAGGGUCCGUCACACUCUGCUGUGGAUUUGCAACUGAGCUGAGCAGCCUGGGCCUCCCACCAGCCGGAGCUCAGCCUGUUGAUCUCCACUCUGAUGCUGAGAUAAGCGGGGGCUGAAGCUGAAGUCAGUGUUCCUGGUGCUUAGAAACCCUGUGGAAUUCCCACUGAACCAAGAGUUUUAGGAGUAAAAUGAGCAACUAUUGUGGACAGCUGUCACAUUAAAAGUUUGGGCCCUAUUAGGAGAAAGGCUGUAAGGAAAAUUCUAGAUCCCUUUGGGGUGGAGCUUAACAAGCAGCUUUCCCUUCCUUGGGCCACAGAACGCGUCCACUCCCCGGGCAGCAGCCUGCCCUCCUCAGUCUGCCUUUUUUGCACUGAACGUAAGCACUUUAUGAAUGAGUUGCAACUCUUGCAGCCCUUAAUUUGGGAUAUUAAGACCAGAUUUUUUUUCCUGACUUUUUUCUCUGUUUGAGCUAUGAAAUGGGCAACCAUUGGCCAGACUGACAUAAGAUGAGGCAAUAGAACUUUGAGCAUUAUGCUGUGGUCUCCAGCAAACAACAGCAACACCAAAUCCACUGUACAUGUUGAGGCGUUCAAUGUCUUACAAGCAAGUCACAAUAAAGUGUCCUACAAGUUUCUCGGCUUCCCGACUUCUCUGGGCUGUCUUGUUCUUACCCUUUCUAUCCUUUUUCCUUGUAUCCUCUAGAAAAAUAAAAGAGACUUGAGGUGGUAGCCCAAUUAUUUGGCCUAGUGAGGAAGACACUGCUUGGGAUGCCUGCAUCCCAUAUCUGAUUACCUCGGUUUAAUCCCAGCUCCAGCACCCACUUCCAGGUUUCUGCCAGUGUGUGCCUAGGAGGAAGCAGAUGAUGGCUCUGAUAGUUUGAUCCCUGCCACUCACGUAAGGAACUCAGAUUGAGUUCCUGACUGCCUGGCCCAGCCUCAGCCAGUGAGGGCAUUUGGGGAGUGAAAUCAGUAAAUAAGAGAUCUCUCUCUGCCUUCCAGAUUAAAAAAGGUGAGUGGGAAAGAUCAGAUGGCCUUCAAAUCUCAAAGCUGCUCUAAAUGAUUCCCAUCGUGACUGAUGAUUCUUUGGUUGGGAUUUAUGUCAAGUCUCCUAUGUGUUAAAAGCUAUUCAUGUACCCUGUAUCAGCAGAAAACUGUUUGGUUUUGUUCUUAUUAUUUAUUUAUUUGAAAGGCAGAGUUACAGGUGGAAAGGAGGAGACAGAGCAAGCUUCUGUCUGCUGGUUCACUCCCCAAAUGGUCACAAUGGCUGGGACCGGGCCAGGUCAAAACCAAGAGCCUGGAACGCCAUCCAGUCUCCCAUGAGCAUGGCAGGGACCCACUGCCUUCCCAUGCGCAUUAGCAGUGGAGCAGCCAGAACCCAAACUGGUACUUGUUUGGGUUCCUGGCAUCAUAGGCAGCAGCUUCCCCUGCUGCACCACAAUGCCAGCUCCACCAGAAAAUUUAUUUUGGCUUCAGCUGAGCUGGUAGGUGAAAAUAAGAUAACGCUCAUUGUAUGAAAGGUGAGUAAAAAGUCCCCCCAUCCCUGACCUCCAGCCUGGUCCCCUCCUGGAGGCUGCCAGUCUCUAGUGUGCAUUUCCAGAGUACCCUCCUGCCUAAAAAAGCAUCAAUGACAAAAGUGUUCUGUAGUGAAGACAUUCCGGAAUUAUUUAACCUGUCUCUACUGAUGGACACAGGUUGUUGCCACUACAAAUAAUUCUGCAAUGAAUUACCUUGACCAGGAUGUCGGCCAGAGCAUGUAUGCAUUUGCUAAGUAUCACCAGUUACCUUCUGUAUUGGCUUCUCAUCACUGUAACAAAGUACCUAAGAUAGGGCAGGAUGUUUCUUGUGGCUCAUGGUUUUGAAGAUUAGCAGUCCGAGAUCAGGUGAGCCCCACUGGUUCAGCGGUCUGGGGAGGCCAGAGGAUGAGUGACAGCGGCAGAUGAUCACAGAGUGAGCCAGGAAGCAGAGAGUGGUGAGGCCCAAACCGGCUUUUUUUUUUUCUUUUGACAGGCAGAGUGGAUAGUUAGAGAGAGAGAGAGAGAGAAAGGUCUUCCUUUUCCUGUUGGUUCACCCUCCAAUGGCCGCUGCGGCUGGCGCACUGCACUGAUGCGAAGCCAGGAGCCAGGUGCUUCUCCUGGUCUCCCAUGGGGUGCAGGGCCCAAGCACUUGGGCCAUCCUCCACUGCCCUCCCGGGCCACAGCAGAGAGCUGGAUUGGAAGAGGAGCCACUGUGACAGAAUCCAACGUCCCAACCAGGACUAGAACCCAAUGUGCCGGCGAUGCAGGCAGAGGAUUAGCCUAGUGAGCCGCGGCACCAGCCAAACUGGCUUGAGGGCACGCCCUCAGUGACUGAAGGACCUUAUUAGACCCACCUUCCAAACGCUAUAAUUGGAUUAAGUUUCUGCCCCCUGUACGUAGCAGAAAUGAUAAGACCUUGGGGUUUAAAUGUUAUACCUCUGCAUGGGUUCAAGAGCCCUGUCUAUUCAAGCCAUAGCACCCUCCACAGAGGUGGUAGCAAUUAGCUCUCCCAUCAGCAGUGUAGAGAAUGCCUUGUUCCCACACUCUUGCUCCCAAUAGUGCAACGCCGGCCGUGGCUGCCAUUUGGGGAGUGAACCAGUGGAAGGAAGACCUUUCUCUCUGUCUCUCUCUCUCUCACUGUCUGUAACUCUACCUGUCAUAAAAAAAAAAAAAAAAAAAAAAAAACUUUCUAGAUCUUUGCCAAUCUGAUGGGUGGAAAAUGCUACUCUAGAACUUUUUUAAAAGGUAGUUGUCAUUUUAAAGCUCUGUAUGUCCAUUUAAUGUCAACCAAAAUUGUUAAUCUUUUUUUCAAAAAUAUUUAUUUAUUUGGAAGUCAGAGUUGCAGAGGCAGAAAUAGGUCUUCCAUCCGCUGGUUCCCUCCCCAGAUGGCUGCGAUGGCCAGAACUGUGCCAAUCUGAAGCCAGGAGCCAGGAGGUUCUUCCAGGUCUCCCAUGCAGGUGCAGGGGCCCAAGGCCUUGGGCCAUCUUCUACUGCUUUCCCAGGCCAAAGCAGAGAGCUGGAUCAGAAGUGGAGCAGCCGGGACUUGAACCAGCGCCCAUAUGGGAUGCCGGUGCUGCAGACUGCGGCUUUACCCACUACACCACUGUGCCAGCCACUGUUAAUCAUCGAAACCAACUGUGGGGUCUUUGGGGAAAGCAGAGCUCAAACCCAAACUGUUCUCUCGCCACCCUCCUAGGGCAUAUGGUUGCAGUUUGUUACCUGAGCUGUGUACAGGGAUAUCACUGUCAUUAUCUUCUUUCCCCCAGAAACCUGAUACCCAAUUGCUUUUAAAAGGAAAAUAAAGCAACUUUAAGAACGAACACAACAAACAAUCAUGUUGAAAGCAGACCUGGAAACCACCCACGGUGAGCGAGGCACAGAGAGGAGUCACAACAGUAAACUAGAACACUCAUUCUCAAUCUAGGAUAGUGGACUGCUGACUGUGUUUGGAAACCUGAGACACCAGAGGGCUACUGAUCUCUUCGGAGUGUGAGCAAAGUAGAUCGAAGGCCAUGAGACUUUCAAUGCUAAAGCAACCAAGCAUCAGUAGUCACACAGCUCUGGGGGACACGGGCCUUUCCUGGUCUGUAUCAUUUCUUCCACAGUGAAAAUCUUGACUGGUCCCUCCUUCAAACGCCCAGUUCUACAACAAACUCAUUCAACACCUGGUCAUCAAAUAGCUUCUUUGGAAAAUAUCUUCCUGCCCCCUAUUUCUUCCUAUUAUUUCUGCUUGGAAUCCUUCACCACCCUACAGCCCCACCCUCUCCCCAGUGUUCCAUUGUCAAAACUCUUCCUUCAACCCCGCAUCCAGUGCCGUCUCCUCUGAAAUUAUUUGCUUCUCUCUAUAUCUACUCUACUCCCUCUUCCUCCCAGUUAGAGACUGAAAUUCCUCAAGGUUCUAGAAAUUCCCUCUCAACACUCUGAAGUGCUCCCAUGCAAUCCCAUAGCUUCAGUAAUCAUCUUGACUGGCUCAGUUCUAAACCAAAUUGGUCCCCCUUAAUUCUGCCACGUCACACUAGCCUUCUGACUGCCAACUGGAACCCACUGACAUAGCUGACCUGGACCUAACAAUAGUAGCGUGUCCAAUUGCUAGUCCACCCACAAACCUCACUUUCCUCUUCAGGAAAUAUGAGAGCUCUUGAAAAAGUUUAUGGAGGGGCCAGAGUUUGGCACAGCAGUUAAGAGGUACCUGCAUCCCAAAUUGGAGUGCCUGAUUCAAGUCCUGACUCAAUGCCCUAUUCCAACUUCCUGCUAUAUGAACCCUGGGAGGCUCAUGAUGAUGGCUCAAGUUCUUGGUCCAGGCCACCCACAAGGGAGACCCAGAUUGAGUUCUGAACUCCUGGCCUGGCCCAACCCCAGCUGUUCUGGGCAUUUGGGAAGUGAAUCAACAUCUCUCUCUUCCUCUGUUUUUCCAGCUUUCAGAUAAAAUGAAAAUAAAUAUUUUAAAAGAUAGUGGGAAAUUAAAAUGUAGGUUUAUUUUAAUACAAACAUUUUUUAAAGAUUUAUUUAUCUGGAAAACAGAGUUACACAGAGGCAGAGGCUUAGAGAGAGAGAGUGAGAUCGAGACCUUCUAUCAUUAGUUCACUCCCCAGAUGACCGCAAUAGCCAGAGCCCCGCUGAUCCGGAGCCAGGAGCCAGGAGCUUCUUCCAGGUCUCCCACGCAGGUGCAGGGGCGCAGGGACUGGGGCCAUCUUCUGCUGUUUCCCAGGCCCUAGCAGAGAGCUAGAUUGGAAGCAGAGCAGCUGGGACACGAACAGCGCCCACAUGGGAUGCUGACACUGCAGGUGGCGACUACCCACUAUGCCACAGCGCUGGACCCCAUCUUAACCAUUUUUGAGUGUACAGCUCAGUGGUGUUAAGUCCAUCCACAAUGUUGUGCCACGGUCACCACCACCCAUCUCCAGGGCUUUCAUCAGCCCAAUCAAAAGUCUGGAACCGUUUGACAACAACCGGCCAUCUCCCCCUCCCUGUAACCUCUGGUAACCUCUCUAUUUUCUGCCUCUGGAAAUGACUCUUCUAGGUAGUUCGUAAAAGUGGAAUCCUUUAGUAUUUUCCUCUUGUGUCUCUUCUAGCAUAAUGGAAAGGAUUUUUAUGUCUCCAAAUGUAAUGUUUAAGAAAUUUUAGAAGCACUGUAAUAAUAUAAAAAGCUCGUCAAAGCCUAGAGUGCGUAUCUGCAGCCUACUUAAUAAUGGUCUAAUUUCCAUAAUUUAUCAAGAAUUCCUACAAGUCAGUUGUAGCAGCAAUCUAAUUGAAAAACAAGGGAACCGUGGGUACAAGUAGUUUCUAGAAAAAGAAAUGCCUGGCCAAUAAACAUGGAAAGAGUUAAAUUCAUAAUAAAAAAAAAGAGCCACAUGAAAUGCAAUUUAUCAGCAAUUGGUAAAGAUCAAAAAGUUUGUUAACAUUGUCACAGAAGAACAUGGGGAAAUGGUCAUGAAGUACAGUUCAUGGG